AUGGCUGAACAGUAUAAAUCUUUGCAUCCAAUUAAAUACUAUAGGGAUUACUUUUCUCACCAAAUUCGCCCUGAUGGAAGAGAAUUUAACAAAUUCAGACCAAUUGUACUCAAUGUUGCUUCAAUUGACACUGCUGAUGGGUCUGCAAUAGCAAAAGUUGGCAAAACCACUGUAGUAUGUGGAAUCAAAGCAGAGCUAUGUAAACCAAAGGCAGAUUGUCCAAAUGAAGGCUUCAUAGUACCCAAUCUGGAAUUACCUCCUCUUUGUUCCCCAAAAUUUCGACCUGGACCUCCCAGUGAUCAAGCACAAGUCUUAACUCAACUCAUAGCUGAUAUUAUUGAAAACUCAAAAUGCAUUGAUUUGUCAGAUCUUUGUAUUUUUCCUGAUAAACUGGCAUGGUGUCUUUUUGUUGAUUUCAUCUGCUUGGAUUUUGAUGGGGCUGUAGUUGAUGCUUCAAUUGUUGCCCUAAUGGGAGCCCUAAGGACUGCUACUCUGCCUUUUGUGGCAUAUGAUCCUGCUUUAGACAAUAUUCAAGUAAACUUAGAUGAAAAGAAAAAGCUCAAUAUCCAUAAUACACCUGUAUCAACAACAUUUGCAGUAUUUGAUGACAAAAUUAUAUUGGCUGAUCCAACUGUUGAAGAAGAAAAUUUAUGCACAGGUAUCCUUACUAUAGUUGUGAAAGAUUCUGAACUUUGUUGUAUCCAUAAACCUGGUGGUAGUGCCCUUAGUGAAGAAGAAUUAUUGAAAUGUAUAGAUGAUUCCAAAGAAAGAAUGAUUCUAGUUAAAAACCUCAUUGAACAAACCAUAAAAGAUGUUUAA